AAACUUUGGAACGCCCCCCGCGUGAAACUUCGGCGUUCACAAACACUUGCAGUCUGAUACAGCGGCUACUAAAACUUGGAGAAAAAGUCUGAGAUUUGCGCCAGUUUGGCGCCCUGGGCCAAGCUGCCCCUUCAGUAACAAUUGUUUUAACCGGAGGCAAUUGCGUGAAAGGUAACGAUCCAUCUGAUCCUGAUGAUGGCAGUCCCUUUUGUCCAGGACUGGGAUCUGGUACAAACACUAGGAGAGGGUGCUUAUGGGGAGGUGCGGUUGCUGGUUAACAGAAAGACAGAGGAGGCAGUGGCAGUUAAGGUGGUGGACACAUCACGAGCUGCUGACUGUCCUGAGAAUAUUAAAAAAGAAGUCUGUAUCAACAAAAUGCUCAACCAUGAGGGGAUUGUCCGCUUCUAUGGCCACCGACGUGAGGGGAGCAUCCAGUACUUGUUUCUGGAAUACUGCAGUGGGGGCGAGCUGUUUGACCGUAUUGAGCCGGAUAUUGGAAUGCCUGAAGCUGAUGCACAGAAGUUUUUCCAGCAGCUUCUUGCUGGUGUGGAGUACUUGCAUAGUCUUGGAAUCACUCACCGUGACAUUAAACCAGAGAACCUGCUGUUGGAUGACCGAGAUAACCUAAAGAUCUCUGAUUUUGGCCUGGCCACAGUCUUCCGACAUCAUGGCCGUGAGCGCAAACUUGCCAAGGUUUGUGGCACGCUUCCCUAUGUUGCUCCUGAGUUGCUGUCCUGCAAGGAAUUUCGUGCUGAGCCAGUGGACAUCUGGGCCUGUGGCAUUGUGCUGACUGCUAUGCUGGCAGGAGAACUACCAUGGGACCAGCCCGGAGAGAGCUAUCAAGAGUACUCUGAUUGGAUGCAGAAAAAGACCUACCUCAGCCCAUGGAAGAAGAUAGAUGCUGCUCCUCUUAGCCUCCUUGCAAAGAUCCUUAUGCACAAUCCUGAAAAAAGGUUCACAGUACCACAAAUAAAGAGUGACCGUUGGUUCAGCAAAGUAUUCAGAAGAGGUGUCAAGAGAGCACUGGCUCUGGCUUCUGAUUCUGUGGGAAGCCUGAGCAAGCAGACCCGUUCGGACAUGGACUUGUCUCCCAUCCGAAAUGGCCGCAGCAGUGAUGAGCAGGUGAGGUUCUCUACCUCACAGCCUGAUCCUGUCACAGGAUCGUCAUCUUGGGAGCACAGCUCACCCAACUUUGAUUCCAUGGUGCAGCAGAUAAGCUUCUCUCAACCGGCCUGUCCUGACCACAUGCUCCUUGGAAGCCAGCUGCUAGGAACUCCAGGCUCCAGUCAGAAUCCCUGGCAGCGUCUGGUCAAGAGAAUGACUCGCUUCUUCACCAAAGUUGAUGCAAAUCUGUCAUACACCUCUCUCAUAGAAGUCUGUCAGAAGAUGGGCUUCAUGUGGAAAAAAAGCUGCACCAAUCAGGUAACUGUGACUACAACUGACCGGCGUAAUACCAAGCUGAUCUUCAAAGUACACCUUCUGGAAAUGGAUGAGCGCAUCCUACUGGAUUUUCGCUUGUCCAAGGGUGAUGGUCUCGAGUUUAAGCGCAUCUUCUUGAAAAUCAGACGGGAACUUAGUGAUAUUAUCAGUAACCAAAAGGUGUCGCUUCCUGUCAUCUGACAUGCAUCCUCUGGACAACUGCUCCACUCCUGCUGGGCCAGAUCACAAGUCUCAGCCUACCAGCACAUGUUGAAUUGUUACUGUGGCGUUGAGAGACUAGCUGGACCUAUGUAAUAAGAAUGUGAACUUUGAGGGGUAUUGUUGUGAUGACCAGCCUUUGCUCCUUUGCAUUCCAUUGAAGAAACGUGUGGCCAGGCACUGAAGAAAAUAUUUCUAUUCUGGCCUGGGUUUACUACCUCACACAUAAAUGUCCACCUGAGGACCACCAUUAGGGGGGAAAAAAGUUACUGUGUGCUUGUUCAAUGUUAAUAGUUAUUGUUUCUUAAAUGUGAAAAAAUAAAGAUAAUUUUGACCU